UGUACAUUUACAUUUAGGGACACCGGCUCAUUCCACUCUUAAUACCGCUUCAAGUGUGGAGGGAAGCAGGCUCCUGGGAUAAACUGUGACAAAAGUUUUUUUUUUUUUUUUUUGUUUGACCCAACCAGACAGAAACCAUUUUACUAAAAAUUUAGAUAAUUACAUCAGAAAAUCUUUAUACGGUUGUUUGAGUGAUCUGUUUUUUUUGCCUGGAGUGGCAUUUUUUUCUUGUCUUUCCUUUUUAAUUCUAAAUGUGUGAGGAACACUGAAGAACAGAACUGGCUACGACUUUUGAACAAUUCUUUUUGUCUGUUUCACGGACAUUAUUGGCCCUAUUUUUGUUUCAGUUUGGUGUCUUAAUGUGAUAUCUGUAACAUUGGAAGCCAUGAGUUCAGAAGUAAUGAACACAGGUGAUGAGAAGAAUGACAACAACACAAGCUUUGAUGUCAUCCAACAUCGGAUUGAGUCAUUGAGCAGUAAGAUGGAUAAACUCAUCAACAUACAAGAAAAGGUCCUUAACCGACUAGAUGGCAUGUCUCAGGACAUUGAUGAUAUUGAGAAGGAUAUGGAGAAUAUGAAGGUUGACAAAGAGGAGAUCCAUUUGCCACCCAAGGUAGUGAACCAGACCCAGGUCGUGGGGCAAGAGGUGAGGGAUAUAUGCCAGGAGAUGAGCACCAUAAUGUCUGUGGUGAACCAGCGGUCUGAGCAGCAGGCUCAGAAGCUCGAGGGAAUGGAAAAACUGGUCCUCAGCAUGCAGCAGGUCAUCAGCUUCAUUGGACAGACAGUGAAGAGAUCGCGGGUUAUGGAGCUGAUGUUCAAAGGUCCUGGAGCUCGAAAGGGAUCCAGACCUAAAGACAGUAAAGGCAAGAAAGCUGUUAAAAGGAAAUCUACAGACACUCUAACCAAGAAGCUUGACAAGAAAACUACCUCUAAUAAAGCAAGUAAAGGGGCUCAAGACAUAACUCCUGCAUGUGUGCACAGUACUCCACAGCCUUCUCGCAAGAUAAAGAUCCAUGGACCAAAGCAUUUCCUCGCCUCUCGCAAAUGUGGAAACUUUGUAGGUUUAUUGUGCAUGUGCUGUGGUCUACACAUCAAGGUGUCUUUAUUUACAUAUCAUUUGAAAGACCAUAAAGGGAAAGAUGGGACAGAGAAGCCCAGCCUAAGCCCUAAGGCUCUGAAAACACAGAAGAAGCUGAAGCCCCCAGACACAGCAGAUCAUGUUUCCCAUAAGAAACAGGUUUUGCUGUUGGAAGAGGUACAGAAACUGAACAGGGAGAAUACAGAGAAAUCAAAUCUAAAGCUCACCACUGGAUAUCACGAUCUGUUGCUUGGAGUGUCCCCCAAAGAUCUAGAAAGCGAUGUGUGCAACCUGCAAGAAGAUUCCAAACUGUCUGAGGAUGACACACACGUUGAGGUUGAAGGAGAAGAGGAAAUAGAACAAGAGGUACACAAAGGAGAGGGAGUUCCAGCUGAAGAGGAACCUGUACUUUUAGUGGAAGAUGCAGCGAAAGCAAAAGAGCCAGAAGUGGAAAUUUCUGCAGAAAAGAAGGAAAGUCCUGCAACUGAGGAUGAAGCCAAAACAGAACUCUCUGCUGCUGAAGACACUCAGACAGAACCAAGUGCCACGAGUGCUGAAGACCACAACAGUUCUUGCCUGCCUCCUGAAGCUGAGCAGGACCAGAUAGAACAGACUGAAAAGAACAAACAAGAAGAUGAUGAACAGAACCUGGACUCCGAUGGCUGGGCUGUGUUCAAAGCAGACGGAGUUGAAUUAAACUUUGACCUGAAAGAAAUGGUGGAGAGAGAAAGAAGGGAAAAGAACACAGAAAGUGAUGAAAAACAAGAAGAUGAGGAUGACGAUGAGGCUGAGCGAUACUUUAUUGACACUAUUCCUCCACCAGCGGCUCCUUUCAAUCACCGCAUCGUAUCGGCCAAGCCCAACCAGAUCAGCAACUUCUACACCAUCAACUGGCAGGAGGUCCUAGGAGGGGGUCGUUUCGGCCAGGUGCACAAAUGUGUUGAAAACUCCUCCGGUCUCACUUUGGCUGCAAAGGUCAUCAAAGCCAGGAGUCAGAAAGAGAAGGAGGUGGUGAAGAUUGAGAUCCAGGUCAUGAAUAAUCUGGACCAUGCCAACCUGAUCCAACUCUAUGCAGCUUAUGAGUCAAGGAAUGACAUCAUCCUUGUACUUGAAUAUGUUGGUGGAGGGGAGCUGUUUGACAGGAUCAUUGAUGAAAACUACACUUUAAUGGAGCUGGAUGCUGUGAUGUUCAUCAGACAGAUCUGUGAUGGUCUGCAGCACAUGCACAAAAUGUACAUCCUUCAUCUGGACUUAAAGCCAGAGAACAUCCUGUGCGUUAACAGAGUGACAAAUAAGAUCAAAAUCAUUGACUUUGGUCUUGCCAGGGUAUAUAAACCAAGGGAGAAGCUCAAGGUGAAUUUUGGUACUCCGGAGUUUCUCGCUCCUGAAGUCAUCAACUAUGACUUUGUGUCUUUCAACACUGACAUGUGGAGCCUCGGUGUCAUCACGUAUAUGCUUCUGAGUAGUCUCUGUCCCUUCCUCGGUGACAAUGACAAUGAGACUCUGAAUAACAUCUUGGCCUGUAAGUGGAACUUUGAGGAACGAGAGUUUAUGGAUACAUCUGAAGAGGCCAAAAACUUCAUCUCCAGACUUCUAGUUGUGAAUAAAAGUUGGAGGAUGUCAGCGUCUGAAGCUUUAAGACAUCCAUGGUUGUCUGAUCCAGUCCUCCAUCACCGUCUUUACACAAAGAAAACUAUGUGCAGAUCACGGCGAUCAUCAUGUGUGCCUACAACAGAUAGCUGAGGGCUAAGAUAAUGUGAUGGCUCCAGCUGUGGCCACUUGGACCAACCCUCCUGUCCAUGUAAUUACCUGAAUUUCGGUCUACGUACCUCUGGCAUGGGCUGAUACUGUGGCUGCCUCACUGCUCCUGAGAUGUGAUCCAUUGUGUUAGGUUAGUUUCAGCAAUGUACAAAAUCAACAGGAAAUAAAUUGUCUUUUAAUUCUAGAUAGGGCAAAAUGUGCAUCAUAUUGCAUUCAUUCAUCUAAAUUUAUUUUUCUUGAUGAAUGUGCAACUCAUAGACUGUAGUAGUAGAGAAGCAAAGGGUGAAAAAAUAAAAAGAACAGCAGCGAUCAGAACUUUUAAAACUGCAGAAUUUGUGAAUCUUACAAUGGUAAAUUACUAUUGCAACUCUGCCAGAAAGAUGCUAGCUCGUCUAUAAAUCUAUUUUUGUGAUUUGAUUAGAUUGAGUUUGUUGCCUUUAUUUUUUCACCCCCUGGUAUCUCAUCUCAUCUGUAAACUAUCAUCAUCAUAUUGUAACUCUUCUAAUGUCAUUGUAUCACUGUAUAUGGGAGUUUGUGUGUCACCUUGGCCUUAAACAUUAAUUGUGCGCACUUAUUUUACUUAACACUGACACUUUCAGAAAAAUUCACUUGGAAUUAAUUUCUAACCAAAUAUGAAGACUGUGCUUUCACUUUAUGCUCCUGUUUCCUUUUGUGCUCAUGGAUAAAGCCUUGUAUGUGCUACUGUAAGAAGGACAUACAUACUAUGUGACCCUAACAAUCCUUCAUGAUUUCACUCUGUUAUCGCUUUCAUUUCAUACAGUAAAAAACAGACAAGAUGCAAUUGUAUAUCAUAUAGAUGGUAUCUGAUAAAAUCCAUAAAAUGCUACCUGUUUAUUACAUGAAUCGGCAGAAAGGAAUUUGUGUCACAAGCCAUAGCAUGUGCACUUUAUACAACUAUUUAUUUAAAUGAAGCUGCUGUAGCUCAACUCAUUGGAAAUGAUUGUAUGGUCUUUAUCUCUUUGUUUUAUUCUGCUUUAUCCAUGUGUGAAAAUACAUUUUGCCAUAGUAACAGUAACAGUUCAACACAAUUCAUGUCUUAUCAGAAAUAAUAUAUUAUUUAAAUUCUUUGUUAAAUUUAGUAACUGCUUUGACUCUGCUAGAGGUUGCAUGUCUAUAUCUGUUUUAUUAAAUGUAACACAAAGCAUAUGUUUUUUUUUUUGUAAUUUUUUUUUAACUGUACUGUAUGCUUGAACUGCUUUACCACUGUGGUGCUACUCCAGCUGCAUAUUUAUGUUACUUUAGAUGCUUUUUCCACAUUGUGAAGUUGCCUUCCGUGAAGGCUCACUCUAAAUUUAUCUUUAGUAUGUAUCUAAAUGUAAUACACUACCUACCUACUUUAGCCUAAGUUACUUAAAAUAUGUUAGCACUUGUUUAUGUGAAUGUUACAUGAAUUAUUGUUAAAUACAGAGUGCUUGUUGUAUACACUGAGUGUUAGCAAUUUCAGCAUGUAUUUUGAAGUGUGCACACGUACAUAAAGUGACUUUGUGUCUUAAAUCAAAGUAUGUUUCCUUCUAUUUCUACUUGGGAUUAAAAGUCAGUUUGAUGUUGUAUACCACAGAAAAAAGUAUAUCGAAAACUGCUUUUAUCUGUUAAA